CUCCUCUUCGCAGUCUCUUCUUCUUCGUCUUCUCUCAUAACCCUAGGCAUUCUUUUCACAGUCUCUUCACAGAUCCACCGUUGUUUGUCGCAUACUCAGCGUUUACUUGCCGUCAUUUCACCGUUUAGUCGGCGCCGCUCCUCCAUGACGAACCCACCAAUCCCACCACCGUUUAGUAGCUCAACACCAGAGUUUGACACAUUUUAAAGGCCUUUCAUAAGUGAAGACCAGAGAGGUAGUAUUCUAGACUCUGAAACCAGUGUUCCUCCUCAGCCGCCGCAAACGGUUCUGUUCCACCAGCCGAUGCAAACGGUUCUGUUCCACCAGCCAAUGCAAACGGUUCUGUUCCACCAGCUUCAGUGGAGGACCUUCUCAUUGCUCCAGGACGUGAAACUCUCAAGUAUCUUCAUCCUAAAGUGCAGCGAGGAGCUAUUUGGUUUAAGCGUGAUCCAUAUGGUGUAAUUACAAAGUCUAUCUUGAGAAUGCAAAAAACAGAUGUCAAACAUGCUUUCUUGACAUAUCGUUCUCUUCCCCUUGAGACUAAAGAACGGUGGUUCAAAGCUUUUGCGCAAGAGUUUAACUGGGAUCCCAGCAUAACAAAAAUAGUUGAGACGGGGUUUGAGAAACAAGCUGCCUAUUCUUUCUCUAAGAACUUAGCUGAGUGGAAACACAAAUGGAAAUGCAAUAAAGAGAAACCUAUACAUAUGUCAGGUGAUUUAUGGAAGGAGUACAUUAAUCUUUGGCGUGAUGAGAAAGUCGCAGGAUUGGCAGCAACAAACUCACAAAAAAGGAGAAGCAACCCAGAUGGUGAAGGAAUUCCAGUGCACUUCAAUGGAGCUAAAUCAUUCUAAUAGGCGUAAAGAUGAGAUGACUAUUGAAAAUGGUGGAGUGGAGCCUAAUAUGCUGACUUUCAUUGAGGAUGUUUAUAAAAGUAAAAAAUCUGGUAAGAUUGUCUACAAGAAGGCUAAGCAGAUUGUGGAGACUUUAAAAGAACAGGUGCAUGACCUCCAAUCUAAAGAGCCACUUGAAGAUGGAUCGGUUCAGCCUAUCAAGCUCUCUUGUUCUGAGAUAAACGAUUUGGUUCGCAAGGCAAUACCCAAAAAGAAAGGACACAGAUUUGGAUUUGGAUCUCUUCCAGACCAUGAAAAGGUAAAUUCUCCCUUCCUACCCAGCUUGGAUAAUGACAAGAAGUUAGAAGAAGCAUACAACCAGAUUUCUGAGUUAGUUAAGGAGAAAGAGGAAAAUACCAAGACAAUCCAGUACUUGAAGGAUGUUACUGAGAAGCUUCUCAACAAGUUUCCAGACUGUCGUCCACCUGAAGAAGAAGAAGAAGAUGAUGAUGAAACUCAAAAUUAGAGUGUCUUAACUUGGCUGGUUUUUUGUUGUAUGAUAUAAGUGAAUUACGGUUAAUAUAAGAAUCUAUUAAUGUGGUUUUAUUGACAAUAACUUAUAUUAAUAUAUUUUUAGUAUUUUUCUGA